CUGGUGUUCUUCCGGUUCACAUGUAGGCCCAAAAUCCUCCUGGCAACGUUGUACUGAAGCGUCGGAGUGUUCAUUUUUCUUAUGCUAAUGCAGUUUAUCUUUUUGCUAUAGCAUUGUGAAGUGUGAAAUAACCCUUUCAAAAUGCCGCGGAUUAUGAUCAAGGGGGGUGUCUGGAGGAACACCGAGGAUGAAAUCCUUAAGGCGGCUGUUAUGAAAUAUGGCAAAAACCAGUGGUCGCGAAUUGCGUCGCUUCUGCACAGAAAGUCAGCCAAACAGUGUAAAGCCAGAUGGUACGAGUGGCUUGACCCCAGCAUCAAGAAGACAGAAUGGUCCCGCGAAGAAGAGGAGAAGCUGCUUCACUUGGCGAAGUUGAUGCCCACUCAGUGGAGGACCAUCGCCCCUAUAAUUGGGAGGACCGCUGCCCAGUGCUUGGAACACUAUGAGUUUCUUUUAGACAAAGCCGCCCAGAGGGACAAUGAGGAAGACGGGACAGAUGACCCUCGCAAGCUCAAACCCGGCGAGAUCGAUCCCAACCCAGAGACCAAGCCGGCCAGGCCCGAUCCUGUGGAUAUGGAUGAAGAUGAGCUGGAGAUGCUGUCAGAGGCCAGAGCUCGCUUGGCCAACACCCAGGGCAAAAAGGCCAAGCGGAAAGCCAGAGAGAAGCAGCUGGAAGAGGCCAGGCGCCUGGCUGCCCUCCAGAAGCGGCGUGAGCUGCGAGCCGCCGGGAUCGACAUCCAGAAGAAGAGGAAGAAGAAGAGGGGCGUGGACUACAACGCAGAGAUCCCCUUCGAGAAGAAGCCAGCGCUCGGCUUCUACGACACCUCCAUGGAGAAUUAUGACGCUCUGGAGCCCAACUUCAAGAGGCUCCGGCAGCAGCACUUGGACGGGGAGCUCAGGAGUGAGAGGGAAGAAAGGGACCGUAAAAAGGACAAGCAGAAGAUGAAGAAAAAGAAGGAAUCCGACCUCCCGUCAGCCAUCCUGCAGACUAGCGGGGUGUCGGAGUUCACAAAGAAGAGGAGCAAGCUGGUCCUUCCCGCUCCGCAGAUCUCCGACUCGGAGCUGGAGGAGGUGGUGAAGCUGGGCCAGGCCAGCGAGGUCGCCCGGCAGACCGCGGAAGAGUCUGGAAUCACCAACUCGGCAUCCAGCGCACUGUUGUCAGAGUACAAUGUCACCAACAACACCAUGGCCCUCCGCACACCCAAGACCCCGGCAGCGCAGGACAAGAUUCUCCAAGAAGCCCAGAAUCUGAUGGCCCUAACAAACGUGGACACGCCCCUCAAAGGUGGCUUAAACACCCCCCUCCAUGAGAGCGACUUCUCUGGGGUCACCCCCCAGAGGCAGGUGGUACAGACGCCAAACACGGUCCUCGCUACGCCUUUCCGAACCCCAAGUCAUCCAUCAGAAGGCAUGACCCCACAGGGGGGGCUCACGCCCAAAUCUACCAUAGGAGUUACACCUCUGAGGACUCCGUUACGAGACAAACUAAAUAUCAAUGCAGAGGAUGGGACAAUAGACUACUCUGAUCCAGCGUACUCCAAACAUCUGCAAAAAGAGUCCCGGGAACAGCUGAAGCUUGGCCUGAUGGCAUUACCCCUGCCCAAGAACGACUUUGAGAUCGUGCUGCCGGAGAACGCAGAGAAGGGAUUGGAAGAGCAGGAUGUGGAUGAGAGCUUUGUGGAGGACGCCGCCGAAAUCGAGCUCCGCAAACAGGCUGUGAGAGACGCUGAGCGUGAGAAGGAGCUGAAACAGAGGCACAUUCCCGUACAGAGGGAUUUCCCAAGGCCUUCCGACGUCAACGAGACGAUUCUGAGGCCUCUGAACAUCGAGCCUCCACUAACGGAGCUUCAGCAGGCUGAGGAGCUCAUCAAACGCGAGAUGAUCACCAUGCUCCACUACGACAGCCUGCACCACCCCUACGCAGACGCCCUGCUCAAGAAGGGCAAGGCUGCCGGCUCGGGCUCCAGCAACGCCGAGCACAUGGCGUACCUGGAGAAAUACGCUUACGAGAAGGUCUCUGAGGAGGACCUCCGAAAGGCGGUGGAGCUUCUGGCUCAGGAGAUGGAGGUCGUCAAGCAUGGUAUGGGCCACGGUGACCUAUCCAUCGAGGCCUACAACCAGGUGUGGGAGGAGUGCUACAGCCAGGUCCUCUACCUAGCCGGGCAGGGCCGCUACACGAGAGCCAACCUGGCCAGCAAGAAGGAUAGGAUCGAGUCUCUGGAGAAGAAGCUGGAGAUAAACCGAGGCCAUAUGACAGCAGAAGCCAAGAGAGCAGCAAAGAUGGAGAAGAAGCUGAAGAUCCUGUUGGGAGGCUACCAGUCCAGGGCCAUGGGGCUGGUGAAGCAGCUGAGUGACCUGGGAGACCAGGUGGAGCAGGCCGUGGUGGAGCUCCGCACCUUCCAGGAGCUGAAGAAGCAGGAGGACCUGGCCAUCCCACGCAGGCAGGAAGCUCUCCGGGAGGACGUGCAGAGACAGCAGGAGAGAGAGAGGGAACUCCAACAGAGCUUUGCAGACCUGCUCCUGGAGAAGGAGACCCUUCUGUCUUCCAAGUUUUAAAAUAGGACUUCAGAUCCGCCGAGGCCCUUGUUCUGCGCUGGCCGUUCCCAGACAGUCUCCCUUCAGCGUUGGCAUUGUGGCUGUAAUGAAAUGCUUCAACAAAAAACCUACCACUUUUGGACCCUGAUCAUCCAUCGCUUCGGAAUCAAUUCCGCACAUUUCCCCGCUGAGUAUCUGUCGAUUUGUAGAGAUGGUCGUUUUUCUUCAACCAGCUAUUUUACACGGCAUGAUAGUCUACAUGUUGAAUUAGGCGCAUACCAAUACUCUUACCGUAGUCUUAGGAGGAACAUGUGAAAGUGUUUCGCUAGAUGGUUUGACAUACCUUUGAGCUGAUUCUGUAUGAUAAACCUUUUUUUUUUUAAAACCCGGGACUUGUUUUGCAUAUCCUCUCUGUGGAAGUUCCCAGCCUACUGUGUGGCCUCCGCCUCAGAUCUGCAAGUGUCAAACGUAUAACUCAAAUUUUAGUUAUGACCUGAAGUUUUUUUUUUCCCCUUUUAAAACAUGUUGUUUAUUUGCUUUCAUAUCCUGAACCUGGAAUGUAUUGAUGACAUCUGGGAAAUAAAUGGUAUUUGACUUG